AAUUUAAGAUAUUUUUUUGAGAGGAAAAAAAAAGUACCGGCGAACGACCUACUGCUGCUGCUGCUGUUGGCUGUUCCUUCCUUCCUUCCUCCCCUCCCUCCCUCCCUCCUCUCUCUCUCCUCCCUUCCUUCCUUCCUCCCCUCUCUCUCCCCCUCACCUCACCCGCCAUGGACGAGAAGGUCUUCACCAAGGAACUGGACCAGUGGAUCGAGCAGCUGAACGACUGCAAACAGCUGACGGAGAGUCAAGUCAAGACGCUGUGCGAGAAGGCAAAAGAAAUCUUGACAAAGGAAUCCAAUGUGCAGGAAGUGCGAUGUCCUGUUACAGUCUGUGGGGAUGUCCAUGGUCAGUUUCAUGACCUCAUGGAGCUUUUCAGAAUUGGAGGCAAAUCACCAGAUACAAAUUACCUUUUUAUGGGAGAUUAUGUUGACAGAGGUUAUUAUUCCGUUGAAACAGUUACGCUGCUAGUAGCUCUAAAGGUACGUUAUCGUGAGCGUAUCACAAUACUUAGAGGAAACCAUGAGAGCAGACAGAUCACACAAGUAUAUGGGUUCUAUGAUGAAUGUUUAAGGAAAUACGGAAAUGCCAAUGUAUGGAAAUAUUUUACAGAUCUCUUUGAUUAUCUUCCGCUGACUGCCUUGGUGGAUGGCCAGAUUUUCUGUCUCCAUGGCGGCCUGUCUCCGUCUAUAGAUACCCUGGAUCACAUCAGAGCACUUGACCGUCUCCAAGAGGUUCCACAUGAGGGUCCAAUGUGCGACUUGCUGUGGUCAGACCCAGAUGACCGCGGAGGUUGGGGUAUCUCGCCUAGGGGUGCUGGUUACACCUUUGGCCAGGAUAUUUCUGAGACUUUCAAUCAUGCGAAUGGCCUUACCUUGGUUUCUCGAGCUCACCAGCUGGUGAUGGAGGGUUACAACUGGUGUCAUGAUCGCAAUGUAGUAACUAUCUUCAGUGCUCCGAACUACUGUUAUCGAUGUGGCAACCAAGCUGCAAUAAUGGAACUUGAUGACACCCUUAAAUACUCUUUCCUGCAGUUUGAUCCAGCACCUCGCAGAGGUGAGCCACACGUCACACGCCGUACCCCAGACUAUUUCCUGUAAAAGAAAUCUUACAUGUACAGUAUUGCCAUGAUUAACAGUUGGCCUGACGAUGUCGGAAGAGCAACAGUAACUUUAAAUUGGAGGAGAAUCUUGAACAUUCAGAUACUUGCUGUCUUCAUGGACCAAAAGACGUGCCAUAAUAAAUAUAAGCCUCAGUCAACAAAUGUCACACCCAUUCUUUUUUUGAGCACCGAUUCCGCAAUGCAUGCUGAUGUGUGAAAGUUAUGGAUCAAGAAACCACGGUUUGGACCUAGAGCUCUGUUUGUAGUUACUUUUGCUUUUUCCAGAGACUGCAGAGAUAAAAGAUGUAAACAUUAAAACCUCCACCUCGUGAUAAAUUUUCCAUUUAGCUAGCAUUACUGAGCAUGACUUGUAGAUAAGAAGAAUAGCAGUAAACAAUCAUCGGAGCUUAAAGACCAUUUAAAAAAAAAAAUAAUUGCAAAGGCCUCUUAUUUGUGUGAGUGAGUACUGAAACCUUGUUUCAGGGAAUACUGUUUAAUUUAAUCGUAAUAAUUUCUCUUUCCAGUUAAUUUGUCAUGAUGUCCAUACCUGAAUAGUUGUACUGACCAGUCAUUUUAUUUCCUCUUUAUGGAGCUAUCACUGCAGAGGUCUGCUGCAGAUUCUUUUUCAUAAUAAACUUGUGAACU